AUGGAUGGCGAUCCCGCCGUCCACAAGCUUGGUCCUGACCGCAUAGCGUCUCAGAUUUUCCCUUCUGCAUCCUCUCUCACGGCCGCACAGCCGCACAAUGCCUCUACCAACAUGCUGCCCGAGCCCGCGUUGACCUUUACGAUCCCCAGUGUCCACGACGGGCUUCCUCUCGAUUGCCGCAUCUACCACCCCGCGUCGUUGCGGGCCAGUGUGCACGCACCGCCGCCAUGGAAGCGACAGGCGGUCGUGCUCGCGCACCCGUACGCGCCACUGGGCGGCAGCUUUGACGACCCUGUGAUUGAGACUGUGGGGGCCAGCAUGCUCAAAGAGGGCUACUUGCUCGGCACGUUUAAUUUUCGAGGAGCGGGUCAUUCGGCGGGCAAAACCUCAUGGACGUCGAAAGCAGAACGAGCCGACUUCCAAAGUCUCAUCGGGUUUCUGGCAUACUACAUUCACCACCUGGACCACUUUAAGCGCGCAGACGCCGUGGCCCAAGGCAACAGCGACGAGACACCCAGACACAACAAUGUGGCCAAUGGAGAGCCCAUCCACAAGCCUGUUCGUAGAAGGCACGUGCUGGUUGUGGGCGGCUACUCGUACGGAUCGCUCAUAACAGCACAGCUUCCGCCGCUGGAGACGGUUCUCGAGCCGUUUGCGUCCCCGUCAAGCGCAUCCAACGAGGCGCAGAUUCGCUUGCGAGCAGCAAGCCUUGCCGAACAGCAAAACACACUUGCUAGGCUUACCCGGGACGCGCUGCUGGAGAUGAGCGCCAAGCGGAGCCCAUCGCAGCGCGGAGUCCGCGUCGGCGGCGACGAGGGAAGCCUGAGCCCAGGGCGCGCGCGGCGUAGCGCAGAGGGCUCCGGUGGCGGUCGUCGCAGCCGCAGCGUAUCCCGUGAGCUGGAGGAGAAGCUGCAUGAGCUCGUCUCCAAGACGAAAUCCAGCGUAGCAGCGCGCAAUCUACACCACAGACACAUGCCCGCAGAAACGACGGCGACGACGACAACGACGACGCUCGAAAAGGUGCCGGAAGAAAAUGGUGACAUGGCCCCAACGGUCAAGACGCGACGGGAACCGGCGGCACAAGGCCGACUGCCCCAGAUUGCGGGCUUCAAGGUGCCGCAGCAGGCAUAUGUGCUGCUGUCACCGAUUCCAGGCCUCGCGUCACACCUCGUUACGCUGCGGCUGCUGCCCGGCGCGCUGUCGCGAGCGCGGCGGCCUGAGGAUGACCCGGCUGAGGCCAAGCUCCUGCGGCACCCGACGCUGGCUGUCCAUGGCGACGCGGACUCGUUUGUGCUGCCGUACAAAGCGCGCGAGUGGGUGGCGCGGCUGGCGGGCGCGCAGGGCUCGCGAUUUCGGGGCGUCGGUGUGCCGACGGCAGGCCAUUUCUGGGCCGAGGAGGGCGUACUGGAUAAGAUGCUGGAUCUUGUGGGGGAGUUUGUGCGUGGCUUGGUGGUGGAUGAUGGGGAUGGGGAAGGUAUUGAAUGA